AUGCUUUUUGUAAGUGCUCUUCGGGUCCUUGCAUUAGGAACCUUGUGUUCAGCCGAAUUUACCCAUAGCUUCAGCAAAAAGCAUGCCUUGAGAAAAAGACAGGACUUGCUUGAUUCCGUGAAUAGCAUUCUUUAUGACGCAGCAGAUACCGCAGCCAGCUGUGUCCUAGCACCGCUUAACACCGUGAUUACAGUUGCCGUGGAUGAUGGUGAUAGCUGCGAUUCCCUAGUUACUGAUCUAAGUAAUGUUGUGUCCGACUCUGGUGUGGAGGAUGACGUUUUAGAGCCUUUGAGUUCUUUAUUUAACUGCAUAUCUGGGGGCUCGGACAGCGAAAUUUUGGGACAUUUGAACAAUGUUAUUUCAGGAGUUAAUUCUUGUGCUAAAAAAGGUGAUGAAUAUUUAGACAAUGUUAAUACACUGUGCUCAAAUCUUGUUCAAAGUUGUUCGAGUUCUCAGGAGAAGUGCGGCAAGGCCAGCAAUGUUGCAACUGUGACAGGUGUGUGCGGCGAGUCAUUGAGCUCAUCUUCUGCUAUUGCGUUUGAUUCAGAUAAUCUUUUAGGUGAUGUUUCUCAGCUUUUGGAUAAUACUCUUUCUGAUUUGACAGGUAGCAGCUUUUCGAAUGUUUUUGGAAAUCUCUAUGACUUGGUUGAAUCAAUUAUUGAUAAUCUAGUUUCUUGCAAUGAUGUCUUUAAAUCUUUGAGCUCUGAUAUUAGUGAUACCAUUUCACAGGUCGAAUCAUCAUCCGACUCUGCUGUUUCUGAAAUUUGUCCUCUUCUUCAGAGUCUUAUAAAUGAUCUUCAAAGUUCUGAUUCAUCUACAAACAUCUUGUGCGAUAUAAAUACUUUGGCAGGAAAAAUAAUUUAUUCUACCACUAGUUCUGCUAGCGACUCUGUGGAAGAUGUUGGCAGUCUUGUUCAAAAGAUACUUGAUAUUAUUUCUGGAAAGUCAUCAAGUUGUUCAGCAGAGUCAUCCAGCACAGCACUUGGCUGCUCGAGCACAAAUGUAAUUUCCUCAAGAUCGAAGACUAUUCCUAGUAUCUCAACCAUAUCUACGGCUUCUACUCAGGAAUUUUCCAGCAUUCCAGAAGGGGGAAAGGAUGUUUCUACCACAAUAUUCAAGUCAACAAGUUGCCAAGGAACAAUCUGUGCUGAAACAUCUGUGACGACCGGUAUUAAGACAGUUACAAUUACAAGUGAGGGUGUUGUGACAAGGUUUACCACAUACUGUCCUUUAACUGCAUCGUCAUCUUCAUCAUACUCGCAGUUGACUGAGUCUUCAUCGUCAGCAAGUACCAUUGACACUGAGGAAACAACCGUUGUUGUUCCAGAAAUUUCUACUACUGUGGUUACCAUAACCUCAUGCAAAAAUAAUGCUUGCUCUACCAUUCCGAUUACUACUGGAUUUAAGCCAAUUACCACGACGAAAAGUGGAUCUACCUUAGUUUCAACUACUCUUUGCCCACUAACUUCCCAUUCAACAAAAUCCAAGCAUACAAGAUCUUCAAUUUCAACUAGUACCCUACCAACCGUUACGUCAACCUCUAAAAAAGCUACAUCAUUCACAUCAAAAACACCAUCAUUUCCUAAAACCCCAUGCACUGACACAAAAUUGAGUUCUUCAUCAGUUCCUACUUUAACCUCAUCCACUCCAGAGACAACUUUGACCUCGGAGACUUCUUCAGUCUCUGAGACCACUUUGACUUCCGAAACUUCAUCAACAUCGCCUGCUCCAGAGAUUUCAACUUCAGAGACUUCUUUAGCUUCAGAGACCACUUUGACUUCCGAAACUUCAUCAACAUCGCCUGCUCCAGAGAUUUCAACUUCAGAGACUACUUCAGCUUCUGAGACCACUUUGACUUCGGAAACUUCAUCAACAUCGCCUGCUCCAGAGACUUCGACUUCAGAGACUUCCUCGACUUCAAAGACUACUUUGACUUCUUCAAAAACUUCCUCGACUUCAGAGACUACUUCACCUUCUGAGAGUAAUUUGACUUCCGAAACUUCAUCAACAUCAUCUGCUCCAGAGAUUUCAACUUCAGAGACUUCUUCAGCUUCUGAGACUACUUCAGCUUCUGAGACCACUUUGACUUCGGAAAUUUCAUCAACGUCAUCUGCUUCAGAGACUUCGACUUCAGAGACUUCGACUUCAGAGACUUCCUCGACUUCAAAGACUACUUUGACUUCUUCAAAAACUUCCUCGACUUCAGAGACUACUUCAGCUUCUGAAACUUCUUCAGCUUCUGAGACCACUUUGACUUCCGAAACUUCAUCAACGCCUUCUGCUACAAAGACGUCUUCAACUUCAGAGACCACUUUGCCUUCCACAGAAAGCUCACCAUCUAAAUCGUCUUUGCCUUCUUCUGGAACAUCUUCAAAAUUAGCUACUGCUUAUACAGAAAGCUCAUCUUUGAAACUAAGUGUUACAUCAUCAUAUACCGGGAUCACUUCGACAUCCUCGUCACCGAAGAACACUGAAUUAAGCAGCAGUUCAUAUGAGGGAGGAUUGACAUACUCUACGGCAGUGUCGAACAGUGAUGUUACAGGAGCUUCUCAUUCUUCAGCAUCAGAGACUACUCUUAGCGGAAUUUCUUCUCGGAGCUCCGUCGCGGAAACGAGCAUAAAACCAUCAUCAUCCGAGCAAGCUACAGGGGAGGCAACCCCUGUUUCAACUCCGGCGGAAACCGUUACCACCGUGUUGACAAUUACAUCUUGCUCGGAUCACGUCUGUACAAAGGUUCCUAUCACUACGGGUAUGCAGUCUCUCACGACGAGUAUAAAUGGUGUGACUACAGUUUACACUACAUAUUGCCCAUUGACUGCCACAUCUUCUGAAUCCAUUCCAACAUUGUCUUCUUCGUUGGCUGCUGUCAGUACAGGAACUUACUCAAGCGGAGAAGUGAUGGAAACUUCUUCGAGCGAGAUUCCACAUUCUAGCGAAACGUCCACUUCGAAUAGUUCUACUAGUACAACCAUAACAACAUCAAUAAUCAUAUCCGCAUACACUAGUGCUUCAUCAAAUACCAUUUCGUUCUCAAAUGAAACAAGCUCGACCGGCAGCUCGAGAUUAGCUUAUGAAACUGAAGGUACCAGCUCGUCUAGCUCCACUUUACAAUACACUUCUGCAAUUGUGAGUGCAUCCGUGUUUGAAGGCUCUGCUAAUCACCUUGCAAUGGGUAGAGGCAUAAUCAUUUCUCUGCUUGCAGUUGCGUUCUUGUGA